AUGGAACUGAACAAAGGCUCCAUGCAAACACAAACUACCACUCCUUACUCACUGAUGUCAGCUCAAGAUUUGGAUGCUACGCUAGGACGACGAGCCAUGCUAGCAUACUUUCUCCUGAUCUCUCAAACCUCCUAUGCAAAGCAAGAGAUUCUUGCACCAGAAUGGACCCCUUACCUGGACGAGUACCUUCAAACAAUUUCAAAGUAUCCCGAAUGGCCAGGCGAUGAGCAACUCGCAGCCCAAAUCAAGAUACAGUUACUUGUCCAUCAAAUAAGCCAACGUUCAUGGAAGAACCAAGAGUUCCAACCACCCGCCUCUUACCUUAAAGGACUUCAAUCACAGUUAGAGAAAAUAAAGGCAAAACUUCCUCGCCGCCUUUCUCAGAAUGUCGAUAUAAUCAGUCAACUUCUUUAUUCUGAGCUUGCUAUCCAGGAUGCCAUCUUGACCAAACCACUAGUCUCUCUGUACAUUCCAAACUACCAGCGUCAGCAGCUAUUCGAGACCCAUCUAACUACCCUUACACGCAUCUUUGACCAUUUCUUUAUCCCGCAGGACCAAUAUUCAGGCGUGAUCUUUAUCCGCUGGUGCCAAAUGGCACACGGCUUGAUACUCCUGCACCGCUUAUAUGUGCUCGACGAUGACCCAUCCUGGGAUCAGGCGUCGGCGCGUGAUCACGUUGGCCUGUUCGCACUAGGCGAUCGCCUGACCAGUAUCCUAGCGGAAACCGGGGCUAGUCGCGGGGGCGCACGCAGCGACUCAAAUGAGAACAUGUUCAUCAGAUUCUCUAGGAUAAUUCAAUCUAUCUGUAGCGCCUGGGUAGUGGAACUACAGUCUUCAGAACUCAGGCUAGAGUCUUAUGACUACCUACAGUACUCAACCAUCAAUUUCCGUUUCAAGCCUCUCUUAUUUUGA